AUGUCGUCAAACAUGCAGAAAAAACCGGUCAUUGCCGUCGUCGGAGCUGGACCUGGGAUCGGUGAAGCUGUAGCACGCCGUUUCACGGCUGAAGGAUUUGCAGUCGCUCUGCUCGCUCGGACGGAAGACAAACUUCGAGACAUGGCGAAGGGAAUAAAUACCGAUUUUGGCCAUGGCACAGCCCGCUACUACAUCACUGACUUGCGAGUGGAAAAGACCGUUAUCGAGAGCUUCAGUCGAGUUCGUCAGGAGUUGGGACCAGUCCAGGUUCUCGUUUAUAACGCGGGCGCACGGCGUGUCAACGGAAGAUCCAUUCUUGACACCACCAGUGAAGAGUUUGAGAACUUUACCAAGAUAAAUCUGUUUGGGGCAUUCUGGUCCACAAAAUGUGCCCUGCCAGAUAUGCUAGCAGCGGAGAAGGGGACCAUCAUAUUCACGGGUGCGACUGGCUCGCUUCGGGGGAAUCCAGGGCUCAGCAGCUUCUCGCCUGGGAAAUUUGGCCUGCGGUCAUUGGCACAGAUCAUAACCCGUGAAUACCAGUCAAAAGGGAUUCAUGCAGCUCACAUCAUUGUGGAUGGACCCGUCGACGGCAAGCUGAUCGGGGGUUGGUCGAAGAGGAAGUGGGAACGAGAAGGGGCCAAAGAAAAGCUAGCCGAUCUUGAUGCUUUCCUUUUACAGCCAGCAGAUUUGUCCCACACUUACUGGUUCCUACACUCACAGCCUCGUAGUGCAUGGACGCACGAGCUAGAUGCGCGGUCACAAAAGGAAAGCAUGUUCUCGAAGUUGUGA